GAUUAAUGGUUGUCAUUGUAUAUUAAACAGAAAUGACAAAGUAUUUUCCCAAAGUGGCAUCACUGAUGAACCUUCUCUCUUCACAGGGCAAACAACACAUGUACAGUGGCAGGAAACAAGCCUUUCUCCAAAUCUCAUAUGCCGUCACCAAAGAGUGAGCCAAAAUCCUACCAUUUUUCCACAUUUUGCAAUAGAUGUUUCAUCCAGUUGACUUAUUUGCAAGUGAGACUGCCAAGAAGGGCAAACCUGGGAACAUGAUGGGACCUCUGCUACUUCAUCUGCUUUUACAAGGUGUUCUGCUGUAUGAUGCUUUGGGAUGGGAAGUGAGAAUGCCAAAGGAAAUUCAUGGUCUCAGAGGUUCCUGUCUGGUCAUACCAUGUUCUUUCAGCUACACAUCAUACCCACCCAAAGACCCACGUAGAGUUGUGUGGUAUCAGUGGGUCUCUAGAGGAUAUCCUUUAGUUUACGAUCCUUUGCAUGCAAACGAUGUCAUUGACAAAUUCAAAGGCAAAACUCAAUUAUAUAGAAAAUCAGGUGAUUGCAGUCUGCUGAUUACCAGACUGGAACAGUCCCACAGUGGAGAGAAAAUAUAUGCAUGGAUUGACCCUGAUAAUGUUGGAUGGCGCACCUACGCAUUUUAUGAUGUCACCGCUACAGUUCUUGUUGAUGCAAGUCCACAGCAGCCCAGCAUCAGUAUGUAUGGAGGUGAGAAAAUGGGUGACGCCAUCACAGUAGAAUGUUCAACUUUCCACACGUGUCCAUACAGCAAACCAACAAUCACUCUGAACGGGAUAGCAGGAUCUGACAAAAUCAAGGAUGAAUCUAUUAAAGAUGGCCUGUUGAAAAUCACUCUGACACGCACAGGUGUCAUAAGGGCAGAAAGCUUGACUAUUACAUGUUCAGUAACACAUUAUGGUGGUAUAAAAGCGACAGCUACAGAGGUCAAAAGGUCAAAAUGUGUUCAUCAUAAAAUAACGAUUGAGCCUGAACUGGCAGAUGUCACAGAGGGUGUCGCAAAGAGCUUCACUUGUAACGUCUACCAUUCCUGCCAGAACGAGAAUCCAACCAUCACAUGGAACUAUGGGAACAUGCAGGUCACAAAGGGGAACAAAAAAAACCAGAUCAGCUAUUCCCACAUAACCUUUCUGGGUGCAAAAGAAGAUCAUGGGAAGAAAUUGAUUUGCACUGCAAAAUUUUCUGGAGGAGACAUUUCAGCUUUUGUUGUUUUACGUGUACAACAGUACAAUAAACCAGUCCAGAUCCUGAAUGAAACUCAUUUCCAGUACGUGGCUGACGUGAUACCCAAGAUCACUGCGUUGCCUCGUUCAUGUGUGGUAAUACCGUGCAGUUUCAAGAUGGAAAAAUAUGUCGCUCGUCUUCGGGUUCUUUGGGUCACUGAAGGAGGUGGCUACAUGUUCCACACCGACCCAGUUGAUGUCUUGGACAACUUCAAAGGCCGCACAAGACUCCUCGGAAACCCAGAUGAACAGAACUGUACUGUGGAGAUGGAUAAUGUGCAAACUAAUGACAACGGAUCGUUCUGCUUCCGGGCAGAAAAAGGAAAUGAGAAAUACAGCUUCUACAACAGCUGUGUGUUCAUUAUAAUGCAGGCAUCUCCCGACAAACCUGUGAUGUCAUCACUCCCUGAAGACAUCGAGCCCAGGACACCCAUUGCCAUCAAAUGCUCAGUCAACCACACAUGCUCCUCUCACCCUCCCCAAAUCACCUGGAGCGUCCCAACAUCCCAAGAAUCUAUCAGCCACAGUCACAUGGGUGGAGGCGUCUGGGAAACAGUGUCCGCUGUGACCUAUAUUCCAACUGGAUAUGAAGAGAAAGAUGAAAUUGUCUGCACUGCCAACUUUUGGGGCGGUAGAACACAGGAAAACACUGCCUUCCUGAAUAUUAGAAGAGUUCAGGGGCUUCGAUUGGAGACUAUUGGGUCUAGUAUCAUUGCUCCCACACUUGUGUUCAUUCUCAUUUGUGUACUUGCUGGAGUCUUCGUAUAUAAAAUGCGACACAGACAGCUUCAUCCAGAUAUGCAAGGAUCACAAUCGCAAUCUGAACGGAGGAGGUCAGUUUGGAACAGAUUAUCAAGGUGGGGUUUUCUUUACUAA